GCCGUCUACAGUCUGAUUACAUAACAACAUAAACAUCAUGACAUAACGCACCACCAGCUUAAAUUUACUUCAUACUUUUUUGGGCGGUCUUGCCUCAAGUCGACCCAUCUGCCCAAAUUCAUCCUUUCACUUCUGCAAUAGGAAACCGAGAGAUCAGAAUACCAAUUACCUCUCCCGUCGCCUCUCUUCCCGACCACGAAUUGCUACCACAAGACCAGAAAAGAAACCAUGGCCGAAACCCCUUCGCUUGAGACCCUCAAGAUAUCCGACCCGCCAGCUACUACUGUCGAGCAAAACGUCACGCCCUGGGAGGUCGAGGGCGCUGUCGUCGAUGGAAAAGCACAGGAGAUUGACUAUGAUCGCUUGAUUGAGCAGUUUGGAACCAAGAAGGUCACGCCUGAGGUUCUGGAGCGAUUCGAAAGAGUCACAGGACAUAAGCCCCAUAGGCUUAUGAGACGUGGGAUGUUUUUCAGCGAGAGAGAUUUGGACGUGAUCUUGACGAGAUACGAGCAAGGAAAACCGUUCUUUUUGUACACCGGCCGAGGGCCUUCCAGCGACAGUAUGCACCUUGGACAUAUGAUUCCGUUCAUGUUUACAAAGUGGCUACAAGAUGUGUUUGAUGUGCCUUUGGUUAUUGAGAUGACUGAUGACGAGAAGUUCCUCUUCAAGAGCAGUCUCAAGAUCGAAGACGUCAAGAAAUUCGCGUUCGAGAACGCAAAGGACAUCAUCGCCGUCGGCUUCGACCCCAAAAAGACCUUCAUCUUCUCAGACCUAAAGUACAUGGGCGGCGCCUACUACGAGAACGUCGUGCGCGUGUCGCGGCAAAUCACAAUGUCGACCGCCAAAUCGGUCUUUGGCUUUGGCGACUCCGACAACAUCGGCAAGAUCCACUUUGCCUCCAUCCAGAUCACGGCCGCGUUCUCAAACUCGUUCCCGCACAUCUUUGGCGAGCGCAAGGAUAUCCCCUGCCUCAUCCCCUGCGCGAUCGACCAGGACCCGUAUUUUAGAGUCUGCCGCGACGUCGCGUUCAAAUUGCGCUAUCCCAAGCCCUCUCUUAUCCACGCUCGCUUUUUCCCCGCGCUUCAGGGCUCGCAAAGCAAAAUGUCCGCAUCCGUCGACACCUCUGCGAUUUUCAUGACCGACACCGCCAAACAGAUCGACAAGAAGAUCAAGCGCUACGCCUUCUCCGGCGGCCGCGACACUCUCGAAGAGCAGCGCCAGUUCGGCGGCAACCCGGACGUCGACGUCUCGUUCCAGUACCUCUCGUUCUUCCUCGAGGACGACGCCGAGCUCGAGAAAGUGCGCGAGGAUUACAAGUCCGGUAAGCUGCUCACGGGCGAGCUCAAGGUUAUGUGCAUCAAGGUGCUGCAGGAGUACGUCACUGAGUUUCAGCAGCGACGGGCGGCGGUCACGAAGGAGGUCGUUGAGGAGUUUAUGUCGGCUAGAGCUCUGGAGUGGGGAAAGCAGGAGCGCCGUGUGCCGAUCGUGAAGGUCGAGAAGGAAGAGAAGAAGUAAGGCGCUUUUGUCUAUUCUUUUGUGUAAAUCAAUUGAGCGGGCUUUGCAGCGCUUGUUUACAAGUUUUUUGUAACGAAAUAGUUAGAACAAUGUGUUUAAUAAUAUAAUAAUAUACUCUUACAACAGCGAUUACAAG